UUGUUAUCUACCUUUCUCAAGUUUUUUCACCAGAAACAAAAAAAGAAUGGCAUACCAACUUCAAGAUUCCUUAACCGUUACCCUUAUCCCGAGUUUAAUCAAAGAAACACAAGAAUUUGACGAAGAAAUGGUGAGCUUGCAAGCGGAGAGGAUCUUAUACAUUAUGUCCUUCCCCAUGGUUUUCAAAGCCGCUUUGGAGCUUGGUGUCAUCGACAUGAUUGCUACCGUAAAUGAUGGAGUGUGGCUCUCGCCUUCCGAGAUCGCGCUUGGUCUCCCAACUAAGCCUACCAAUCCGGAGGCACCAGUAUUGCUUGACCGGAUGCUGGUUUUAUUAGCAAGCCACUCAAUCUUGAAAUACCGUAUGGUGGAAACUGUAAAGAACGGUGGAAGUGUAAAGAUCGAGAGGGUCUAUGCAGCUGAGCCAGUUUGCAAGUUUUUUUUGAACCGGGGAGAUGGUUCGGGAUCUCUCGCUCCUCUGUUCAUGUUGCUCCAAAGCGAACUAUGUUUUAAAACCUUGACACAUCUCAAAGAUUUAAUAUUAGAAGGAAAAGAUGCAUUCAGCUCUGCUCAUGGAAUGAAAAUUUUCGAAUACAUUGGUUCGGACAAAGGGUAUAGUAACAUGUUUAACCAGGGAAUGUCGGAAGCUUCCAUCAUGAUCAUGAAGAAGAUUUUAGAAGUUUACAGAGGAUUUGAAGAUGUAAACACUUUGGUGGACGUGGGAGGAGGAAAUGGAACCAACACAAGUCUAAUCACUUCCAAGUAUCCUCAUAUUAAAGGCAUCAAUUUCGAUCUAGCCUCGGCUUUAGUCCAUGCUCCUCUUUUUCUAGGAGUGGAGCAUGUCUCAGGAGAUAUGUUUACAGAGAUCCCAAAAGGAGAUGCCAUCUUAAUGAAAUGGAUACUACAUGAUUGGACUGAUGAAGACUGUGUAAAGAUUUUGAAAAAUUGUUGGAGAAGUCUUCCCAAGAAUGGAAAAGUGACAAUAGUUGAGUUGAUUGUGCCGAAAAAACCGAAGAGCAACGACUCUUAUUCUAACAUUGUGUUAGCCGCGGACAUUAUGAUGUUAACGCAUUGCUCAGGUGGUAAGGAGAGGUCUCUUCAGCAAUUCGAGAAUUUAGCCUCUCAUUCAGGUUUUCUUCAUUGUGAAGUCAUUUGUCUUGCCUAUUCAUAUUAUGUUAUCGAACUGCACAAAUAGAUUGAAUGUUAUAUACCAAGAAACUAGUCUCCUCAAUGUGGAAAGACUACGUACAUAUAUUGUUAAUGCACGCACCCUUGACAAGCUCAUGUAAUUUAUGUCCAUAAGCCCAUCUAUAGCCCAUGUAAUUAGGUUUCUAGCAAGUAGAUUCAUCUUAUACAUAUGAGUGUAAUGAACAUGAAUUUGGGUAACUUAGGAUUGCUGCAACCUCACUUCUUCUCCAUUUCUUCUUCAUAAGAAAAUGUUUUUUGGAGUGAUUUCUGUAAUUAUUCCUAAGUUACCUUUGCAUUCAAUUUCUGUAAGCUAGUA